AUGCCUAACCUUGUGGAGAGGAUUGCGCGCGUUUUUAUUUUUUGCGCCUCAGCCCAGCUAUGUUCCUUGGCACGGGCGCAGUCGUGUCCAGCUCGGUGCCGCUGCCCUCAAGAGCCACCGAUGUGCGCCCCUGGAGUGCAGCUCGUGCUGGAUGACUGUGCCUGCUGUCUCGUGUGCGCUAGACAGAAAGGAGAGGUUUGCUCUGACAUGAGCCCCUGCGAUACACGGAAGGGACUACACUGCGAUUACACCGCCGAUGUUCGGAAGAGGACGGGCGUCUGUGUGGCCCGCGAAGGAGACAUCUGUCUGUUUGACGGUGCUGUCUACCAGAACGGCGAGCGGUUCUUCCCCAGUUGCAAGUACCAGUGCGCGUGCCGGGACGGCCAGGUCGGCUGCGUCCCACGCUGCAACCUUGAUGUCAUGCUUCCCGGGCCUGACUGCCCGUUCCCGCGGAAGGUGCAGGUGCAGGGGGAGUGCUGCGAGAAAUGGGUGUGCGGCUCCCAGGCGGAAGCCAGCGCCCUUGGUGGCCUCGCCAUGGCCGCAUACAGACAGGAGGAGACAGUGGGAUUUGAUACUUGGGACGCCAGUCUGAACUGCAUCGAGCAGACGACCGAAUGGGGCGCCUGCUCGCGAACCUGCGGGAUGGGCGUGUCUACGCGCGUCACCAACAGGAAUUCGCGCUGCGAGAUGGUGAAACAGAGCCGUCUGUGCAUCGUAAGGCCGUGCGACAAGAAGCAGUUCCGAGGCGCUCCAAAGAAAGGAAACAAGUGCCUGAGGACAAAGAAGGCUGUGAAGCCCGUCCACUUCACCUUUAAGAACUGCACCAGCGUCCAGGCCUACAAGCCCCGCUAUUGUGGGACAUGUAGCGACGGGCGUUGCUGCACCCCCCAUGGCACCAAGACAGUGCAGGUGGAGUUCCGCUGCCCACAGAGCAAGGUGGUCCAGAAGCCCAUGAUGUUCAUCAGCACCUGCGCCUGCCACCACCACUGCCCACGGGACAACGCCGUCUACCACCUGACAGACCCAGUUUACAGCGGCCUAAGGAUGUGA